ACUCUUCAAGUUUAAAACUAACAGUGUAUUCGCAGUGUCUGCAUAUGUGGUGCGGAUGAGUCGUAAACACAGCCUCCUGAUGGAAGAGAACUUCAACGAUGCGGGAAACGACACCUUACUGCUAACACAGCCUGAGUCUGAAAACAUGACCAACUUGCUACUGGAAGCUGGUCAGAGGAUCAGUCUUUAUCUAGACCUAAAAGAAGAACUUCAUAAAGAUGAGAUUUACUACGUUGCCUUACGAGCCGUUGAUGACGUCAACAAACAAAGCCGGGUGUCCAACUUGGCACUGGUUGUGGUGCCAACGGCAGACAACAACAACAACAACAACAACAGUCUGCCAGAUUGGGCCAUCGCUCUCAUCGCCAUCGCCUGUGUUGUUCUUCUUGGUGGUCUCGUCGCUGGCAUCAUUCACCAAAUGAAGAAAAAAUAAGAGAAUGAAAUUAAAUACUAAUUCAAUGAGUGAAGGAAAAUUAUAAUAUUUAUGAAGUAGAACAGUAAGAAAUAACACAAAUUCACCUAAAAUAAACUGUAAUUUAAGAGAAAACUUGAAUGCUUAUGUAGAUAGUAGAUAUUACUAUAUAAUGAAUAAUAAUCAGAGGAAUAAACACUAACAUAAAGAAAGGGUGAUAUGCUAAUAUAGAAAGAUAAAACGAAUGUACAUGAAAUGUAAAGAGAAACAAAACCAAGUACUGUACUUUACAGUAUUACCAUAUUGAAGAAAAUCUCAUACAUUUGACAAUAUUAUUAAUAAUUAUUAUCAUCAUGUAAAGCUUCACGGCCCAAUAGUAAAGUAUGUAAAGAGCAA